UAUUCCAAAAAAAGAAAGGCAAUGUUGUGCAACAAAUGUAUUUAUGUAUUUGCAUUUAAUAUUAUUAUAAAUGCAUUAUAAUAGAGAUGUACCAAAGAAGUUGAAAAUAUUGUUAUUUUAAACAUUUUGAAAUUAAGUAUUAUCUCUAUAUUUUAAAAAAAUAUUUGAAAUUCAGUACAGAUUUGAGGUUAAAAAGGUUAGAAAGCGACAGCAUUUAAAAAAUAAUAUUGCUACAUAUUUUUAACAGCAUAAGAUUCAGAAAGUUACUGUAAAAAUGCAGCUGUAUAGAAAUAUCUCGAAAUCGUUGUUGUCAUCAUGUUCUGUAUUUAAAUCAGUACCAGUAGCUGGAGUAAAGUCUUUCUCAGCACCCACAAAGUUAGAUAUUGAAUACCCUAAUCGUAACAAGCUCAGAGUUGUGCCAAGAGUGCCUAUACUUCCACCUCAAGUAGGAUCUUAUCGAAUGCAAAAGAAAUUGAGAUUAAUGCGUGGUCCAGAAGAAUAUCAUAAUACCCUUUUACAUAAACAAUAUGGCAUAGUAGCGACAAGUGGUGGCAGAUUCAGAUACCAGAAUUUCGAAAUGAUCCGUAUGACAAUUUUGAAAAAUGUAGACUAUACUAAAGUAUUUGCAAUUUGGAGAAUACCUACACCUUGGCAACCUAUCACUAAAAAGACUCAAGGAAUGCGAAUGGGUUCUGGAAAAGGAUCCAUAGAUCAUUAUGUUACUCCAGUAAAAGCAGGACAAAUUAUCGUAGAAGUCGGCGGUACCAUAGAAUAUUUCGAGGUGAAACCUAUAUUAAUAAAUAUUGCGAAAAGGCUGCCUUGCCACGCUAUGGCAGUUAGUCAAGAAAUGAUGGAUGAAAUGGCAGAGAAGAAGAAAAUAAUGGAGGAGACAAAUCUAAACCCAUGGACUUGGAAAUAUAUCAUUCAGAACAACAUGCUUGGCUGCCACAAAUGGAUUUCAAAAUAUGACAGGAGAUGGUUUAAUGAAUAUCUUUAAUUUAAAAUGUAUAUACUGCUUAAAACAAUUAAACGUCAGUCUGAUUUCUACAUAUAAUUCUCAUAUCCAUUUAUCAGUCUCAAGUACUCAAUUUUCAUUGCAAUAUAAUACAAGUAGCACAUCAGUACCUCAAAUUUAUAGGAUUACUAUUUGCUCGAUCAUGGCAAUAAAAUCAUUCAUAGCUAUGUAUAUGAACAAAUAAAAAUCAUAAUGUACAAA